UUUGAUCUUACCUGUUCCUUUAUCCAGCUGCACGCUGUCUUCCCGGCUUCUGUAGUGUGGGCGCUCGGCAUGACAGCCGGGUGCCCAGUGCGCAUGAGCGAGAAGCACUUGCGCUUUGUGAUUGGUCCGGCGGCUUCUGGGAUCUGUCAUGUGUCCCAGGUACCGCCUUACCAUUCACAAAAAGCACCGCUUCUUGCGCAUGGGCACUUGGCACCCGGUUGUCAAGCCCAGCGCCCACACUACAGAAGCCAGGAAGACAGAGCGCUGCUGGAUAGAGGAACAGGUAAGGUCCCGCUGCAGAGCUGA